AUGGCGACCGAGCCAGACCACAGUGGAGGCUCAAGUGGCUCUGAGGGACCCACAGGGAUGCCCCUAGAACCCUCGCACGCCUGACUGCACCAAACAGACUCAAUAAAGGACAAUAACCUGACCCCAGCUACAAAACAAGACAUCUCAGAUUUACUGCACGAAAUGAGGCAGCUGCUCGAAACCGAAAUCAUGGCAGUCAUGGCAUGCACACAGGCCUCCAAUUAGGACAUCUUUGACUUGAGGCAGGAGGUUCAAGGCCUAAAAGAAUCCAUUCACCAAUUGCAGUCUUACCAGGCCACUCUAACAACCAGUGUGGACCUGGCAGAGGACCACCACAGGUGUGUGAUCCUCAAGAUCCAGGGCAUAUCACAGAACUACGCCACUACCUAUGUAAAGAUGACUUACCACCUCCCUCAUGCCACACGCAAAGGAAACUCACCUUUGAGGGCUUCUUUCACAUUCAAAAACCGAGGCAAGCACCGCCGCAUGCCUCGCAGGACAUCAUCGUCAGAUACCACUCGACCACCGACAAGACUCGAUUAAUGGCUGCGGUCCAGGGCAAGACCCCGCUCAAUUUCACCUUCUUUCAAGACAUAACGCGCAACACAUUUCUAUGGCUCCGAUUAAUGGGGCCUGUGACCAGCCAGCUGCUCAAUGUGGGCAUUGAGUACAGGUGGGCUUUACAAGUAACCAGAGAGGGCAUCACAAAGAGACUGUCCACACUAAUGGAAGCAGACUCCUUCCUCCGAGCCCUGGGGAUCCCCACAAGAGAAGCGCUGACAGCAACUCCAUCCAGUUCACAUACCUGGGACCCAGAGAGAACCGUUCCCUUUACCCAUGGAGGGAGCAAACAUCAAGGGAUUGUGCAAGCUCAUGAGAUUAUAUGCCACACUGUCAAGUCAUAUCUUUCUGUUUAAAGUUUUUCGUUCUUAGGCUUAUGUUUUAAUAUCGUAAUGUCCUAAAGUUCCUUUCAACAGUUAUGUAUACACCUGGCACGGGAUAACCACACAGUACUAACUUCCCCGGUCACCACCUGACACUAGGCACUCAACUGGCACACCUACCUCUUCCUAGUGGGACUUCUGCACCCAACAGGGAGCUCCCCUCACCUACUAGGCAACCACCAAAACUCGCGGCGACAAUGGCACAGGCCACCUACGCAAACUUAACAUGACUCGGCUGACGUCCCAAGCAGCCGCACAAGAAGUAAUGCACCUGGGCCAAGCAAACUGAGCACACCUCACUACAGGACGGUAAUAUGGCUGACUGAUAGUAUUUAUCCGGGCGACCGGCUACCAACUCUCACUCCUUGCCAAAGUGAAGUGACCAAUUGUCCCGAGUAGACACACGACCCACAGAUGGCACACACAAACCUUCAUUUGGCAACCGAUCAUACAAUCAGUUCCACUCACUUACCAUAAAAAUAAGUGCUACGAUAGCAACUUCUCAUACUGUACAUAUGCAAUUGACAGCUAUUUAUAUGCUACCUGAGAAAGUAAACGUUUGCCUCUAUGUAUAACUCUGCACUUGAAAAAUUAAGAAUUAAAAAAAAAAUAUAUAUAUUAGUGUUUCAAAACAAUAAAACGUAUCACAACAAUGAUAUCAUCAGGAAAAAUGCAGUUUGUGUGUGAAAAAUGCAAAAACAGUCACUUUCACUGACAAUAUCAUCACUGUGAUAUGUUUAACUUUUUUGAAACACUAAUAUUUGUGUUCAGCGAAGUCUCCCGAGUAAAAUGUACAAUUUUUUACGGUGUCAUGGAAAGUUAUAGGGUUAAAUACAGUGCUAGCAAAUUAAAUUCUCUGGACUUUCUGCCUGGGUUGCCAGAUAGCACUUUCAUCACUCCUGAGGAAGUCUAAAGUUUUUAGACAAAAUGCGUAGAGUGAGUUUUAUAUUUUAUUGUGAGUUUUAUUGUUUUUGUAUGCUGCUAUGCCUUAUGAUACCUGUUAGGGUUCCUACAUCCCAAACUACUGAGACCUGGAUCGGGGACCACAGGAUUGUAUUGAUGGGCUUUUUAUCUAUUGGCAUUCUGUAAGUGUAACCAUUAAAGCGGAUGUUCAAAUUUUAUUUCAGUGUUGCACUAUGUUCCUUUUCAUUCUUUUUACAUGAAACAUUGAACAUCUGAAUACUGUGGAUCUGUUGGAAUCUACACAUUAUUGAUGAGCCUGAAAUUUUCUGCUUCUCUGUGAUUGUAACCUUGAAUUCUGGGGUUUACUAUCAUUUAUGCUAUUACCCUAUUAGUUUCUCUUUCUCUGUUUUAUGCUUUUUAUAUCUUGUUUUUUGCUGCCUGUAUUUGAGGUCCCCCAAAUUGCAAUCAAUAAAAUUACUUAAUUAUGUAAAAAUAUUACAUAAAUAUGCACACAGAAUUUAAAUAUAUAUAUAUACAUAUUUAUAUAUUUGAAGUCUACGUGUAUAUUGAUGAAAUUAUUUAUGUAAUUAUGUAUAUGGGCAUAUGUAUAUUUCAGAUUAAUUUUAUUUAUUUAUAUAUACAUAUAUAUAUAUAUAUAUAUAUAUAUAAUUUCAUUCUAAGUGUAUCUUGAUGUAAUUUUGUUUAUUAAUUUUUUAUUUAUUUUUUAUUAAUUAUUAUUUAUUUUUUAUAAUAUAUAUAACAAUAUAUAGUUAUUAUAUAUUAUAUAUAUAUACACAUGUGUAAUUUUACAUAAAGUUUAUUUUUAUAUUAAUAUAUGAAUAAAUUAAUAAAAAAUACACUUAGUAUCACAUUAUAUAGAAGAUAUAUACACUGCUCAAAAAAAUAAAGGGAACACAAAAAUAACACAUACUAGAUCUGAAUGAAUUAAAUAUUCUUCUGAAAUACUUUGCUCUUUACAUAGUUGAAUGUGCUGACAACAAAAUCACAGAAAAAUAAAAAAAUGGAAAUCAAAUUUUUCAACCCAUGGAGGUCUGGAUUUGGAGUCACACUCAAAAUUAAAGUGGAAAAACACACUAGAGGCUGAUCCAACUUUGAUGUAAUGUCCUUUAAACAAGUCAAAAUGAGGCUCAGUAGUGUGUGUGGCCUCCACGUGCCUGUAUGAGCUCCCUACAACGCCUGUGCAUACUCCUGAUGAGGUGGUGGAUGGUCUCCUGAGGGAUCUCCUCCCAGACCUGGACUAAAGCAUCUGCCAACUCCUGGACAGUCUGUGCUGAAACGUGACGUUGGUGCAUGGAGCGAGACAUGAUGUCCCAGAUGUGCUCAAUUGGAUUCAGGUCUGGGGUACGGGUGGGCCAGUCCAUAGCAUCAAUGCCUUCGUCUUGCAGGAACUGCUGACACACUCCAGCCACAUGAGGUCUAGCAUUGUCUUGCAUUAGGAGGAACCCAGGGCCACCCGCACCAGCAUAUGGUCUCACAAGGGGUCUGAGGAUCUCAUCUCGGUACCUAAUGGCCGUCAGGCUACCUCUGGCGAGCACAGGAGGGCUGUGCAGCCACCCCAAAGAAAUGCCACCCCACAACAUUACUGACCCACUGCCAAACUGGUCAUGCUGGAGGAUGUUGCAGGCAGCAGAAUGUUCUCCACGUCGUCUCCAGACUCUGUCACGUCUGUCACAUGUGCUCAGUGUGAACCUGCUUUCAUCUGUGGCGCCCGUGGUGAAUUUGCCAAUCUUGGUGUUCUCUGGCAAAUGCCAAAUGUCCUGCACGGUGUUGGGCUGUAAGCUCAACCCUCACCUGUGGACAUCGAGCCAUCAUACCACCCUCAUAGAGUCUGUUUCUGACCGUUUCAGCAGACACAUGCACAUUUGUGGCCUGCUGGAAGUCAUUUUACAGGGCUCUGGCAGUGCUCCUCCUGUUCCUCCUUACACAAAGGCAGAGGUUGCGGUCCUGCUGCUGGGUUGUUGCCCUCCUACGGCUUCCUCCACGUCUCCUGAUGUACUGGCCUGUCUCCUGGUAGCGCCUCCAUGCUCUGGACACUACGCUGACAGACACAGCAAACCUUCUUGCCACAGCUCGCAUUGAUGUGCCAUCCUGGAUGAGCUGCACUACCUGAGCCACUUGUGUGGGUUGUAGACUCCGUCUCAUGCUACCACUAGAGUGAAAGCACCGCCAGCAUUCAAAAGUGACCAAAACAUCAGCCAGGAAGCAUAGGAACUGAGAAGUGGUCUGUGGUCACCACCUGCAGAACCACUCCUUUAUUGGGGGUGUCUUGCUAAUUGCCUAUAAUUUCCACCUGUUGUCUAUCCCAUUUGCACAACAGCAUGUGAAAUUGAUUGUCACUCAGUGUUGCUUCCUAAGUGGACAGUUUGAUUUCACAGAAGUGUGAUUGACUUGGAGUUACAUUGUGUUGUUUAAGUGUUCCCUUUAUUUUUUUGAGCAGUGUAUAUAUACAUAUUAUAUGUAGAUAUAAUAUAUGUAUAUAUCUUAUAUAUGCAUAUUUAUAUAUAUAUAUUUUUUUUUAAAUGUAUUUAUUAACUUAAUUUUUUUUAGUUUAAAACUUUAAAAAAAACUUUUUUCACCAGCAGUGGGACUGUCUGUCAGUUCAGGCAGUCCCCCUGCAGGCAACACUAUGGACGCCCAUUGCGGCCAUGUGACAGCUCUUUCAGAGUGAUCACAUGGCCCGUGGAGUCCUAAUUUGCCGAAGGGGGACUAUCUGGGCUGUCAGACAGUCCCCCCAGAUGGAGAGGAACACUGAUCGCCGGCGGUCAAAUAUGCAAACAUCGCCAAAAUUGCAAGAUCUGUUUUAAAAACAACUUGCAGGGGCAGAUUUGGACAAAUGGCUGAGCAUCUUGGAAAUUAUGUAUUUGCGUUUGCAUUUUUAAGUGCAAUUGAAAGAACAUUAUACAGAACCAUUUCCGGAACAUAACUAAUAUAAUGUAUCACAGCUCUUUCCAGUCUAAGCCGUGUUAUGUUCUGUCCUUAUCACUUCACAUAACAAAUACAGAGUUUACCAAACCGUGUUUAUUUUUGUUUAUUUUGCUGUUGCACAAAACCUCAGCAUGGGUCAGUUAUCCCAAAAAUCUGAAACAGGAAAUGGUAUUUAAAGGAAAAAUAUUCUGGCCCAAAUUGUGAAAUUAGCUAAUUUGUCUCCAUAUCAACAUUUGCAAAACAUUACCACAUUGCAGCAUGCUAAUGGAAUUUUGUACCGGAGGGACGGUUUGCAUACUAGUCGGGUUCGCAUUGUCGUCUGCUAACUGUUGUCUUUAUUUUAGACAAUGGCAGUUUCUCAGUGGCUAGGUCGGCAGCAGAAGUUGACAGAUACAAUUUGACAAAUUCUAUACCAUUAGCAAAAUAUUUCACUCAAAGCAAUGAAUUUAUUUUUUGGAAUAGCGCAGUAAAUGCUGUUGAUUAUGCACUCCCUGUUGGAACACUUCAAUGAGGUUGGGGGUUCAAAAAUUAAACUGCCCCCAAACUAUUGAAAACUACAAAAGACUGGCAAAGUAUCAUGGGAGUUGUAGGUCUAUUAACAGCUGGAGAUUUACCUGCUGGCUACCUUGACUUAAAGUAUAAACGUGGAAGAAAACAUAUUUAUAUUUAUUUUUUAAAAAGUGCUGUUUUCACAAGUGUGCGUUGGAUUUGUCUCAUCAAGAUCCCAAAUCAUUAGAUUCUGACCAGCUCUAGAAAGUGAGGUUCCUAAGGGCCCCAGUUUUGCUGAACGUGCUACUGUGCUAUCCAUCCUUCCCAAGCUUUUUCCAGGCAUCUGAUUCAUGCUCUGCCAAAAGAAUGUUUUACACAGUACAGACGGAAUACAGUGUUGCUGGGGAGAGUCCGCUAAUGCAAGGCCUAUCCAACAUGGAUACAGCUAGAACCAACGAUAAAAAAAAAAAAAAAGCAGACUUGGCUGCAUUUGCAGCCUGACAACUAGGGCAGACGUUUUUAAUUUACAUCCAAUCCCCAGCUAACCAACAAGUGGGGCUCACUUUAGGUAGAAAAUAUGAUUCCAUACAUCUUAUAAAAAUGGCUUUAUUUGAUUCAAAUAUCAUGCUGAUAAUAUAAACCAUGCUGUGGUCCUACGUUAUCUUCAAAAUAAUGAUUAUUAUUUUUUAUAUACAUACCUGCCAAGCAUGCCUGUUCAAGAUAGACAGUCCCUAUUUUAGGCUCCAAUCCCUCUGUCCUGUUUUUCUCACCUACAUACCCUUUUUUUUCUUGGAGCUCUGUGUUUUUGGUGUGUCUGAGCGUAUAACAUAUAAAUUCACAAAUAUAAAGCUCGAUAUGUUUUUAUACAUUUAAAUAUUAUGUUGAGGCAAAUGGUUAGCAUACAGAAGAAUCGAUAUACAAGUUACAUCAAUCAUUAAUCAAAAUACUGCAUUAUAAUAAGGCAGAGCUUCAUAUUGUAAUUAUGGGAGACGUAAUGGUGCAAAGGAAGCAGCGUAUGAGAAAAUGGACAUCAGAAAGUAUACAUGUAACAAACGCUGAGUUGACUAUAGUAAAACGUGCCUUGGGUAUGAAUGUAGCACAGUGAGACACAAUAUUUAAAAGAGAGACGAGUAGCCAAAUCUUAGAUACAUGCGCAGAGCUAUACCCAUAGUAAAAGGUUGUAUAAACUGCAGAACCUAAACAAAAGUAAUAUGUCAAGAACGUAACACAUAAAGAAGAGGCACAUUAUCGCUGGAAGCUUGGCUACGUAAAUAGCUGUACAAGGUCCACACAAGGAAAGGUAGUGUAUACCGCCCUGCUAAGCAUGCACAUAUCAAAUUAGGUCAAUGGCGUCGCUUGCCUAGGGAAAAUGAGAUUAAUGGAAGAUACAUCUCAUCUAACUGAUGCAGAACUCUGAGGCCUGGUGGUUGCGGGGGCAGAAUCCCGUAAGGCCAACUUAGCCAAGAAAGAGUUCAUGUUGGUUACAUGUUCCAGCCGAUGUCUAGUCCCAUCACAAACUACAAGAAGAGCCCUUGGGGCGGCCCAGCUGUUGCAGCCGCCUUGUGACAGGGCGUAGAGACUGACACCAAGGGACGGUAACUCGGCAUAGAUCCGGGGAUACAGUAAGCUUCGAAUCCUCAAAGGUCUAAGGAGCUUUCACCUGAUCCCUGCCAAAAAGAAAGUUUUAUCCCGGCCCCAAUCACAUCACGAUCCACAGUCUUGGAUGCUUUCGGGGAUUUAUUCCGGCUGAAUAUUUUCAACCUUUAUAGCUGACAUUAAAGAAUUCAGGAAUAUUCAAAUAUAUUGAGGUAGUUCCCCAUCAUACUGUGCCCACUAUGUCCCUCACACGAAGGUGCUUCCACCUAGUUUGACCCUCCAGGGAAUAUAUGAGCAGGCAUCUAAACAAGCCUUUGCUGCCUCCACCUGUAGGAUAGAGAAGGAUGCUGCCUCCUGCUUUAGCUUAAUCGAGUUAAGAUCCUCCUCCACGGUCCAGACAUGGCCCAAGACCAUAGUGCCGUAUCUGAAGCCAUGCUCUAUUUUAAUUCCAGCAUCAGAUUGUGUGUAUCAAAGGAUCUCGUUUCAUCAAAGGUUGAUAGUCAUCGGCCCCCAGAUCAGCAUCACCCAAGACGUCAAUUGGGUGAAAAGCAUCCAAGAUCUUUAUCGGCUCCGUCUCGGAGUCAGAGUCUGGCGGGGUCGCCACUUUAGGUUCUCUGCGCCGGGGUGUUUUGUAUAGAAGCAUUCCAAUGUCUUAAUUUUCUUUCGGAAUUUUUCGGCUCCCAAAAUCCUCCCUCAUUUUUUAGGAUAUUAAAGGUAUAGGAAUUAUAACAAGCUCAUUCAAUAACUGUAAGCAGCUGUUGUAUGUUAACUCUUUGUAUUAAUGUCCAUCUAAAUAAUGAAAGAUGAUCUAUUUUGCAUGAUUGGAAUAUGUGUAAUAAUACAUGUACAGCUGCGGUUGUUGCAGGAUGCAGCUGCGGUUGUUGUCACUGUUACUGUUAAUUGCUGUUACUGUUCUGUCUUUAAAUCUGCAGCAUUGUGUUGUAUUAUUCAAGCUCCCCAGGACAUGCUGGGAAAUGAGAGGACUUUCAAUGCAUUGUCUCUUGGUGAAACAUUGUCUAUAUGAAUAAAUGAAACCCCAAGUAUUGCUGAUGGUUUACUACCCAUGUUUAACACACUCUGUCAUACAGAUAACUGAGCCAUGAGCCAGUUAUCUCAUUGGGUUUUAGAUUUUGUUUUACUUGUCACAUUGUACAGCGCUGCGGAAUUUGUUGGCGUUAUGCAAAUAGUAAUAAUAAUAAGUGGAUAUUGCUGGAACUGAUGAGUGAGUAAGAAAGAUUGGUAUUGGUCACAACGCAGAGUGGAAGACUGAUAUUGGCCUUAAAGAGACACUAUAGGCAUUAAAAUAACUUUAACAUAAUGAAGCAGUUUUGGUGUAUGUUUCAUGUACCCGCAGUCUCACUGCUCAGUUCUCUGUCAUUUGCGAUAAAAAUCACUUUUGUUUCUGUCCACGCAGCCUUAGCUACACCUCCCCUGGCUGCGACUGACACAGCCUGAAUGGAAAUUUUUUUUAAUUUUAAUUUAAUUUUUUAGUCAGAUGUUAACUUGCUUUAGACAUUUUAAAAUUCUGCACUGUAAAUUGAACUUUAAUUACACACACAAGGCUACUGCGAGGUCUAGCAAGCUAUUAACAGAGAUAAGAAAUCCUAAAUUAAACAUAGUGUGCAAUAAAGGAAGUUUAAACAUUAGAUCCUUCUUUACAGGAAAUGUUUAGGAAGGCUGUGUAAAUCACAUGCAGGGAGGAGUGUCCUAAAUGGCAGAUAAUUGAGCAGUGAGACUGCAGGGGCAUGAUCUAUCCACCAAAACUGCUUAAUUAAACUAAAGUUGUUUUGGUGACUAUAGUGUCCCUUUAACUUUAACUGUGGUAGUGCCCAUAGAUGAGUUCAGGAGACUGGUUGAGGGCAGAAGUGAAUGUGGAAGAUUGGAUGUGGAAACAAGUGAAUAAAAAAGACUGUUAUUGGCAACAAGUGAGUGCGGACGAUUGUUGAUGGCCUGAGCAGCCGCGAGAGGCUGGAGGAUCGAUGGUGCUUACAUGUGAGUGAGGAAGAGAGGUUGCAGUAGCAAGUUGCUCCAGAAAAGUGAUUGUGGCGACAAGUAAGUCCUGAAAAGUGGUUAUGGCCAUGUCUCUUCCUAUAGGAUGCAUUAAACAAAUCGGGGUUUAACUGGUACCCUAUACAAUUUUUUUUUUUACUUACUAGGAAGUCUUGAUUAUUCCAACUACAAUGAGUAGUGUGUUCAUUAUUACACAUAGUAAUUAAUCAUUAUAAAAUGUUGCUUAUGUCAUAGAUUGUAAUGACAUCAUUUUAAUGACUGUAGUAAUCAUUGCUGAUUCUGGUCACAUGCUGCUAUCUACUCACAGUCCCAGCAUUCUGAUCCAGCCAAAGAGAGAUAUGGAUGGAAAACCUCCAGCAUGCUUUCUACUUGGGUAGCCAAGUACAACUAAGCAUGAUAGGAAUUGUAGUCCACAGCAUUUAAAUGCCAGAGCAUCCUGAUCCCCAUACUAUUCCUCUCAAGCCCUCUACUCAGGGAUGGGUUUCAUAAAGCAGGGCUACUGAGGGUUAUACCCAGAUGGCUGCCUGUGUUCUACGGAUUAGAAGGACUUUAAUAAAAGUUCUUGAUUAAGUGAGAAACGUGUUCAGUAUCUCUGCGUUUUCCCAACCAGUCUCUUCGCUUUGUGCUUUCCUGCUUUAUUCCUAAUGCAUUUGGAAGAGAGCCCCCUGUCCGCUUGGGGAACAUUCAUCCUGAACACUGACUGUCCUCCACUCAUGCAGUUCCAUUUAUCAGCUAAACAGACCUCCAGUGUCAACGAUGUCCACAUCCAGAUAUCAGCCAUGAUUGAUUAACUCAUACAUCUAUUCUCGGAACAGCAUGGCUUGCUUUCCUAGAUUGAAUUGCUACUGUGUGCUCAGUGUAAAUACCAAACCCAGAGGAAACAAUACUGGGGGGGAGAUUUGUUUCCCAUUUAGAAUGCUACACAAUCCCGGUCACACCCCCCCAACUGCCUCUCCAAACACUUCUUCAGACUCUGAUACCCUAAUACUCUUUCUUAUUAAAGUAUAAAAUGUAUCUUAUCUACUUCCUUUUUUCUGCACUUUUUUUUGUUUAUCUGCUUAUCAGAAAACCUCCCCUCUAUUACACAUCAAUUAUUGUCUUUAUUGUCUUCGUAGCCAUUCAAGAGAAAGGCCCAUGUAAUUGUUUAGCUAAUACUGUUUAAAAUAUAAACUUAACUUUGUUUUUUGUUCAGUUAAUCAUCAGUUUAUCAUCUGGCUACCAGCAUAAACGGCGAGAAGACAUAACAGUAAAAUAAAUAAAAUAAUUAUUAGCCAAAUUAAAUAAAGCAGAAGUAUGUUCAUUUUGGCCUUUCCACAUUAUUUGAUUCACCCCCAUAGCUGUAGGGAUCGCCAAAAAUAUGGGGGAUGUAAUUUAACAAAUCAAAUAGUCUUCAUAAAAUAAACCCCAAGUUUAAUGAGCUCUAUGAGCUUACAUGCUAGAGGGAGUUGGGGUUUAGUGACACAAAAGGUAAGGUUAGGGGUAGAAAAGUAAGUUGCUAGAAAAGUAUCUACUAAAGGCUUUUUCAGAGGCCAGUUUUAUUGAUACGCUUUCCUGAAGAAGUGAGUUUUCAAAGAUUUUUUGAAGGAAUGAAGACUGGGUAAAAGUCUAACGGAGAAAGGAAGGAAGUUCCACAGGAACGGUGCAGCCCUAGAGAAGUCUUGGAGGUGAGCAUCAGAGGUGGGAGUACCGACAGAGGAUAGACGUAGGUCUUCGUCAGAGCCCAGGGACCUAGAUGGGAUAUACGUGUGCAUUAGGGAGGAUAGGUAGGUUGGAGCAGUAUUAUGUAGAGACUUGUUAGCAUGUACCAGAAUCUUUAAUUGAACCCUAUACGGGAAGCCAAAUUAAGGACUGACAGAAAAAAGAGGCAUGGAAGGUGCGGCCGGACAGGAAAUGAAACCUCGCUGACGCAUUUUGUAUAUAUAGACUGAAAAGGGGCAAGUUGGGAACAUGUAAGCGGAUUGCAGUAGUCAAGGUGAUAAGCGGACAACGGCAUUGACCAGCACCUUAGCCACAUUUGAGGUUAAAUAGGAGUUGACGAGCACUAUAUUUUUGAGAUAGAAGCGUCGUGAUUUUGAGAUCGACUGGGUGAAGGGGAGGAUGGAGUCAAAGAGAACAUCUAGGCAGCGAGCCUGGGAGGUAGAGGUCAUGGUGGCGCCAUUGACUUGGAGACAGACAAAGCAGUAGCAAGACUCAAGGGAGGAAAGACCAGAAGUUCUGUUUUGGAUAGGUUGAGUUUAAGGAAGUGAGCAGCCAUCCAGUUGGAAAUAACAGAUAGGCAGUCAGAGACACGAGUCAAGAGAUUAUUUGAGGACAGGUAGAUUUGCGUAUCUAUUAAUGAAGAGACCUUAAAGGACCACUAUAGUGCCAGGAAAACACACUCGUUUUUCUGGCACUAUAGUGCCCUGAGGGUGCCCCCACCCUCAGGGUCCCCCUCCCGCCCGGCUCUGGGGAGAGGAAGGGGUUAAAACGUACCUUUUUUCCAGUGCCUCCUCCUCCUCCUCUCCGCCUCCUCUCCUCCCCUUCGGCUGAAUGAGCAUGCGCGGCAGGAGCUGCGCGCGCAUUCAGCCGGUCUCAUAGGAAAGCAUUCAUAAUGCUUUCCUAUAGACGCUGGCAUCUUCUCACUGUGAUUUUCACAGUGAGAAGCACGCAAACACCUCUAGCGGCUGUUAAUGAGACAGCCACUAGAGGAUUUGGAGGCUGGAUUAACCCAUUUAUAAACAUAGCAGUUUCUCUGAAACUGCUAUGUUUAUAAAAAAAGGGGUUAAUCCUAGAGGGACCUGGCACCCAGACCACUUAAUUAAGCUGAAGUGGUCUGGGUGCCUAUAGUGGUCCUUUAAAGAUCAUUUUAAAUACCAAAGGAGCACUGUAAUAUUUUUUUCUUUAGGUGCAAUGUUUGUAUAGAAGUAAUCAUGACAUUUUUGCCAAAUACAGUAUUUGUGCCAAAAAAAAUAAAUUAAUUUAAAAAAAGUAAAAUAUACAAAUGUACAAAUAUCGGUAUUUCUAAGACUAUCAAUGGCAAUGUAGCCUUUUAAAAAAAUAAAUAAAUGCCAAGAGCAUGUAAAAAUAAAUCAAUAUAAUAAAGUUCAGUUACAGCAAGUAUAUCAUUGCAGCCUGCAUUGAAAGCCUGUAGUGUACCCAGAGCCCUCACUCCAACCAUGAAUACAAAUAUCACUGAAGGGCUUGAGAGAAGAGAGGAGACCCGGGAGCCUUAAUUUAGUGUUCCUAUGCAGAGAUGUAGAAGGUCAAUUGACAUCCUGGCAUAAUCGAAUGUUGUAUGUUUUUAGGAGAGAAUGGGUUAAUGUGCGGCACGCAGUGAGAUAAAGCUGUUGACAUUUCCCUGCUUAAUCCCUCAGCGCAAAACCCAUGAUUUUACUUGAAAUGUUAGAGAGAACUGUCACUAGUGGCACUUUGAUUUAUUGUAGCAGAGUUAAGAUAUAUACAGUCUAGCGGAAUAUACAGUAUUGCAUGAUGACAUUUUAAAGGAUUUUUAAACUUGCCACCUUGUUAUUUGCAGGAACAAAAUGUUUUCUGGUUUAAACAUUUAGGGUGCUAUAGAUCUCUUCCCUGCUGUCUUUUUGGGUAUAAAUGUUUUAUUUUUAAAAAUGUAUUCAUGUUUGUGCCCUAUUCCCACCGCCUCUGAGUUCUUCGGCCUUGCCUGUAAGUUCUAAUAUUUUCCAGUCUUAGAUUCUACCUGUUAACUGCAAUCCCUUCCUGUUUGGGAAGGUUUAUCACAAGAAAGGGGAGGUUGAGUGUUGUGUGUAUGGAGUAGACUGAGAGCUGUAUGGGGGAGCAGGCUGAGUGUGCAUGUGUCUGCUGGCUGAGUGAUGUGUGUAUGGAGUAGACCGAGAGCUGUAUGUGGGAACAGGCUGAGUGUGCAUGUAUGUGCUGGAUGAGUGUUGUGUGGGAAGCGGGUGCAUUUUAUGUGUGGAGGAGUCUGAUUGUUGUGUUUAUAGGGGAGUAUGAGUGUGACUGAGUGUUGUGUGUGUAGAGUCUGAAUGUGUUGGUGAAGGUCUUAAUUUGUCCCCCAUCUCCACACUUUUGGCAGGAGGCGGUGUAACCUGGUAGCCCAGUGGGGGCAUGCUGCGAGCAGGAUUUCUGGAAGUAUGUUGGGGGGGAGCUUUGCGGUCUGCACCAACAUUACUUGCAGAUUACUUUAAAAGCUGGCUGCGGUGCUCUCAUUCAUUAAGAAUUGCUAUAUAUUUAAGACUUGAAGGUAGCUCUUAAAGUGAUCUUCAUCCGAUAGAAACCACGACGCUCCCUUGAGCAGGUGAGGAGCACUAGGUUAAGCAGGGAGAUCUCAGAGAGGGCCUGGACACAGGCCCUGGGCGCUGCCUAUGCCGCCUUAGUGGUAAUUUGGCUACGCCAGUUCUGUAGCUAAGAAAAGGUGAGGUUUUAGAGUUUGGAAUAUUACUUAAAAACUUUAGUAAAUGCAGAUUUUUUUUUUCAAACGUCUUAAAUAGAUGCAUCAAAAAUUCAUUUUUUUAGUAUAAAGUUUUCUUUUAAAUAGUGAAAUGUCCUACCCCUUUAGUAGCAGGCACGCUCUAUUAAGUUAUAUAUGAUUAAAAAGCAGGAUAUUUAAUGCUGAAAUGAGGACUUCAGUGAAAGAAUAUGUUACAAGAGUUUGCCUGUCUUCAAAUGGUUUAUCAUGAAAACACAACAUGUAACAUAAUAAACACUAAGUUUCUCAAAGCUAUAAAUAUUUGUCUUUAUUAUAAACUAGUGGAAUGGCUAGACAGUGUAGCAUGUAUGUAAAUAGAGUGUUCACUUACAAUAAAAUAAAUAAUAAAUUAAUCAGAUUGAAUGUUUAAAUUUAAUUUUAUUUAAUAUUAAAAUGUGUAUUUUUUUAAAAUUUAUUUGUUAAAAUUGCAUUAUUUUAUUUCUUGAUAAACAUGUGUAUAAAUAAUGUAGGUUUCACCUUCCAGCGAGAACUUGUGUUUGAAAUCUCCACGUCCUAUAACUGGCUGCCUCGCAGAUUAUUGCGUUAUUUUCAUCGUGCAUGCGCUGUGAUUGGAGCUCGCAGUAAGCUGAUAGCAGAAGCCACAAUACAGCUGCUGUUAGCUUAGGCAGCAGUUCCAUUCACAUACAAAAGGAAUGGAACUACCAAGAGAUGAACUAGAUUUAAUAUAAAUUACAUUGUGAAAAAUAAUAAUACAAACAAGCUAGUGAAGACAAAAAUUCACUAACUAACUUAUGUUAUCUAUAAGAAUAAUCACAUCUGAAAAAAAAACCACAAAAACAAACAAAAACCUACAGGUGGAUUUUUUGGUCUGUUGUAGAACAUUCGUUUAUAUUGCAUACUGCUCGUCCAUUUAUCCCACCACUAAAUUAUGGUGAACUUACACCCAACUAUUGGUGACUAUAACUUAACUAAUUCAUCAUCGAUCAUCCAGACUGGAGAGGGUCAAUCUUUUCCAACUCACCCCUGGCACAUAAAUAUCUGCGGGAUCGAUACCCCCCACUUCCUAGAAACAUGACCCUUCCACUUGCGAAGAGUAGCAAAGUUCCUACAAUAAAUGCUUUGAUAUCAACAUCAUAAAAUAUUACACACACAUACCUGACAACGCUGGGAGAAAUGGAAACGGGAUGGGAGGGCGAGCCUUCAAUGGGGGCAUCACCAGUGAUGCAACUUGCGUCACUGGUAACACUGAUAAUGGGCAGACUAUCCCGGGAAGUGAGCAUGCCUGCCCGCUGAAGGGGAGUGUGAGCCUGGCAUCAAGCACACCAGGAUAACAGACAGCCUCGUUGCCUGCACCCACCGUAAAGGACUGUGCAGAGAGGGCAGCUGAAUGCCUCUGUGCAUGAUCCUAGUGCCUGCUGCAAAGAGCAUGCGCGUCUAAUGAUGUGCUCCACAGAUCAGGUAACUAAAUCAAGAAGGAAGGACAGGACCCGAAAAUUGGGAAUCUCCUGCCAAACGCAGGAGCCUUGCAAACACUUACCAAAUGAAGUAAAGGUUAUGGUUGGAUGGAUGGAGAGAUGAAUAGAUGCAUGGAUGGUUGGAAGGAGAAAUGAUUGGAUGGAUUGAAGGAGGGAUGAAUCGUUGGAUGGAUGGAUUGAAGGAGGGAUAAAUAGAUGGAUUGAUAAAUUGAUAGGCUGAGAGCUAGCUUAAAGCACUCAGCUUGUUUAUUAUCAGGUCUGAGUGUUCAGUUUAAUAUCUGUUUAUUAUCUUUGCAAUACCACAGGAAUGUCAUAUGAAACGUCCGAGGAAUGCAGUGCUGAAUUCUGACCCUGUUACGGGAAAGACAUCACUAAGGAAAGUGGAACAAAAGGAGUUAUUGCAAAAAAAAUAUUUUUUUUUCCCUUAACUCUUUUUUUUUCUAUUCUCCCUAACAGAUCUUUUCAAAUCUUGUGACACAGGUCUGAUGUCGAAGGAUCUACGACUUCAAAACUGCUUAUGUUUUCAUGUGACCUGCCUGCUCUAUGUUGCUAUUGAGCAUACAAUACCCCAUCUUUGAUCAAUUCUUCAGAUUUACUGGUGGCAGCGAGCUGGUUAACGAUAUUAGUUCCCUGCAGAAAAUACUGACCUAUUUUUCUUUCUAACUUAAACAAAUGGAUAACAAUGCUUUUUCUUUGUCCUACAUAAUAAACUGAAUGGAUUUUGCAUUACGCCAUCCUCUUUGAAGUUCCUUAAUUUAAAUGCAAGAACCCUCCAAGUGCUAGAGAGGUGUCAGACCCUGUGGGAUGAAUCUGUAUUGAUCAGUGUGAAAUGAAAGCAGUUGAGAAGUUGGCUGGAUAAGCUCUCACACUGAAAGAUACUCUAGAGAGUAAAUGCUGUGGUGCCAAACUCUAUUUGUCGGGUGGGACGGUCACAAAGUUUCCUUCUGCGUUGGAAAAAUCACUUUAUGUGUAACGAAAGGGUGUCCUAGAGUCUGAUAUAUUUUCCUUAAAUGCAAAGUACAUAGGAUCUGUUUUGCCCUUGACAAACUAGGACUUUGAGUCUUUGAGGUAUCAUUCAAAACCUGUCCCUUUGGUUCUAAAUAACAAGAAAUAUGUCUGACAGUUUAAUGCAAAACCACAUAUUCACAUAUAUUUUUAAUUUUGUGCCGGGGACUCAACCCCCACCACACGUGACUCAGACAGCCUGGAACUCUGCUCUGGGCUGACUUAUGUCAAUUCUGUGCAUAAAAAAUGUCUGUUGUCAGCGCGCACUACAUGCUGCCGACAGACAUAAAAAUCUACCCCUUGCAAGCAGAGCGCCUAUAUCCUCUGGAUAUCUCGACCCAGAUCACCGGGUUUUGGAGUUCAUCCGGCAGAGUCAGUGGAAGAUAAGACUCCCCUGCCUCCACAACAUGUGGUGUGGCGUCAACUGUCUGGGUUGGUUGAGUCCAAUUCGCUGUACCACUGGCUAAAUUUAUAGUAUCUAGAUUAUUUAUGUAAUUUCCUGCAAGGUGCAUACAAUAUUAGGUUUAGUGUACUGCGGACAGCUGGAGAAGCAGAGUGUGGCAAGAUCCCCUGUGGUGUUUUAGCCGCAUCUAUGGGCCUGAUCACAGUGCUACAUUAUGGGCUCCAGUGGGUUCUUUGGGUCUCAUCCCCUAACGUCAAGAUUAGGCAGCAGUGGACGGAUUGUAGAUGGAAGUGGAAAGUGGCAAGAGAAUGUGAUGGGACUGUGGCAUAAAAGAGUGGGGGAUAAGUGUGGGUGAGUGGGGGGGGGGAACAGGGGGACAGCAAGGGAACGAACAGCUACAAGAUAGACAACAGAGUCCCGGAAGCAGGCCCGUAGGAAGAGAGAGGCCGGACCAACCAGUGGGAUUGUGAGGGAGCUGGACCAGCUACGAUAGAGAGCUAGAGUCAGAAACAGAAGUAGAGUGAAGGGCAAGGUAGAGAGAUUUGGUUAUAGUUUCAAUCCCUAUAGGGUUCCCCCUCCACUGUCCACCCUGGUCCCCUCCAAACAAAGCCCAGCCAGAACCCUGCCUCAUUUGAACAUGUGGUAAGAGAGGUAGUUACUGAUUAACCUCCCAAUGGAGGCCCUACCCAGUAUAUUAUGAUGAAACAGAUUGGAAUGUAAUAUAACAAUAUAAAACAUAAAUUUGAACUAACAUAAUAUUCCCCUGAUUUUCAUCCCCAAACUAAUACAGUCAAUGCCAAUGAUAGCCUAUGUACAUACUGUCAGUUGGUCUUGUGAUGCACCUGCCUGAGGUAUGUGAGUUCUACUGCACUGUCUGAGAAUGUGAGACAGUCUGUUUGGGUGCAGCAACUGUAGCAAGUCCUGGUUGGGCCGGCCACCUCCUGCAAUCCGUCAUGUUUCCUGUCUCAGAUGUUCUAGCAGGAAAUCCCUGGCAUGGCCCACUCAUUACCAACGGCCUCACCAGCAGCCAUCCAAAGUGUCCUGUGAUGCCCUUUUAUGUCUGAUUGGCCCGAUGCCCAUGGACCAUUUCAUGCUAAUGGUUGGCAAUUGCAGGCUGGUGCUGCAGUCCAUGAAGUCCACAUGUGUACGGAACAGCUGUGGCCCCAUCGGCUUGAACACUAGGAGGCCUGUAGGCAUUUGCCAAUGGUAUCUUAUUUUUUUGUGACUGCAAUGCCCUCAUCAAGGGCUCCAGGGCUCAAUGUAUGCUAGUGUGGCUGGGCUCAGUUCAGCGAACAGCUGUAAGGUGGUCUGUUGAUAUGCAAUGUCCCCUCUGUCUCUAGCCCUCCGAAGUACGUCUUUUUUGUGAUCAUAACGGUAGAGGUAACAGAUUGUAACUCUAGGUGGUGAGUCAAGUGGGCCUCGUGGGCACAAGGCCGUAUGUGCUUACAUAAAAUCUAUAUCUGCCUGUGGAUUGUGUCCUAGCUGCCUCUUAGGACAAUGUCUUAAAGAUGCUCUGGGGUGUCUUCUAGUUCUGGUAUGCCACAGAGCCUCAGGUUGUGCCUAGUACAAUUGCCAAGAUCCUCCACGAGGCCCUGCAAACGGCUUGGACCAAGUUGGAGCUUUGUCCUAAUAGAGACCAGUAGGUCUGAAUUGGCUCAUCAGCGCCAUUCUAGUACCAUGAUGCCAUUCAGAAACUGACGUCCUUAUAGUGUAUAGUGUAUAUUUAGAAACCAUCUUUCUUGUGUACUAGUAAGAUAUAUAACUUUAUUAGAUUGUAUCUUUCUUUGCUGUAUUUUGAAGGAUAAAUAUCCCUUUCCAGGCAGAAAUACGACUGCAGAAAGACUCACAAAUCGGCCAUUAUGUAUCAGACGCAAUCUAAUUUCUUUCGUAUGAGAUCGAUGAUCCCGUAGAGCAAUUUAAUUCAGUAAAAUGUGCUUGGAUACAGUAAUGAUGGAGAUGCAAAGCAAGUUACAAUACUUCCAAAAAUUACAAACCAAGAAGCCAAUCAAGAAAAGGUAUUCAGGGGCACAACGUGAAAAAUUUUCUAAACACUAGAGACAGGUCUCAUAAAAGCAUCCAUAUUAAAAAAAAACAAAAAAAAAACCUUUUUAUUCACAAACUAUUAAUAUGUUUUAAGAAAUACAAAAAAAAACACAACUUUUUUUCUAUGCAGAAAGAAUAAUGUAGAUUUUUAAUUUUUUUUUUGGUCCAGGUGACAGGCUUGCUUUAAAUCCAUCUUUUGAAAUGUCAGUGCGGUACAUCAAACAGACUGACCAUAUGUUUAAAAGCGCUUAUCAUUUAAAAUGAUGUAUCGGCCUUGUUGCAAACGAAUGGGUUAUUUAGAGAUCAUAACGGAAGACGGAUUAUCUUUAAAUGUACCAGAAAACUCGCUUGCUAAAAUUUCAUUGCAUUAAAUGAGCCUAUAGAAAAAAAAUAAACGUCAAUUUAUGAGGUAUUGUGGCGCGGCUUAAGUACUGUAUUCCGAAUCGAAGCGCUAUUUUGUUGGGGCAGGGAGGGGGUUGCCUUUUAUUUUACGAUACAUUAUGUAUUGAAACAUAUUCCAAAAUGACAAAUAUUUAUAGUUUUUUAAUAAUUCCCCUUAAAUACUAGCUUUGAAAGUGCCCCUUUCCACUGGAGUAUAGCCCCUUUCAUUUGCAAUAUUGUUUUCAUAGCAAAUCUAGCUUUAUAUUUAAUCAUACACAGUUUAUCUGUACAUUUUUAUACUGACUGAUGUACCAUGAAUAUGUAUAUUAAUGGUACUUCUGGCAGAAAACGUCUCCGCAACUGAUGCAUUCUCCGUGUGGUUGCCUAGCAACCCUGGAAAAUGUUUUGGAAGGGCUAAUUUUUUUAGUAUGGUAAACACAUAUUUAUGCAGUUCAUUUAAUCAGAGUCCUGGCAACUGGGUUAAGUAUGACCUAAUUUUAUUCAUAUUUAUUUCAUGUAAACUGGGUCCUGUCUCCUGUUUUUUUUUUUUCUUCUUGUUUUCUUUCCUUAACUGUACAGAGACAUAAAGAUUUAAUUCUCUGAAAUUUCUCUGAAAUUUCCAUUCUCUGUUCGGUUUUUUUCAACGUAUUAUUCAACUAAAAUGAACUCUUUAAAAAAACAAUCGUAAAUCACGGCUAAUUAAUCAGCUCUUUGUAAAUUGCUGCUAAAAAGCCGAAUCCAAAUAAACAGAAUUUAUAGGAGAUUAGCUGAUUACUAUGAUAAUUAGCUCCUUUUCUGCUACAAUAGGGUUGUGCGUCCUCUAUUUUGCCAUGACUAACAAUGACUUUAACUUAUUAAUUAAAUAGUUCAGCGUAAAAGAAUAACGAUUUAUCAAGGGCGUCCUGGUUAAUUUAUUUUAAUAUAGUUUGCAUUUUAAUAUAGUAUAUAGUAUAAAGAAGUCUUUCACAACCUUUUCUAUUAGCUUAGUAACAAAACUAAAAGAUUUUAUAAAAGUGGAUGUAUUAUCAAGUUUUGGUACAACAAGUACUAAUAAUAAACCUCAAUGAAUUCUUAAUGGGGCAGUUUUGGUGUAUAGAUCAUGCCCCUACAGUUUUAAUGCUCAAUUCUCUGUUAUUUAGGAGUUAAAUCACUUUGUUUAUGCAGCCCAAGCCACACCUCCCUGCAUGUGACUUACAUAGCCUUCCUAAACACUUCCUAUAAAGAGAGAUCUAAUGUAUAAACUUCCUUCAUUGUACAGUCUGUCUAAUUUAGAAUUACUUAUCUGUAAAUUGAACCUAAAUCACACAGAUGAGGCAGGACUCUGUUAAUUGCCUUAUACACUUUGCAGGAGCCUCCUGUGUGUGAUUUAGGUUCAAUUUACAGAGCAGGAGAUCAAAACCUCUAAAGUAAGUCAACAUCAGAUUGAACCAUUUUAUUUAAUGCAGGCUGUGUCAGUAACAGCCAGAAGAUGCGUGGCUAGGGCUUCAUGGAUAGAAACAAAAAUGAUUUAAGUCCUAAAUGGCAAAUAAUUGAGCAGUGAGACUGCAGGGGCAUGAUCUAUACUUCAAAACAGCUUCAUUGAGCUAAAGUUGUUCUAGUGACUACUUUGUCCAUUUCAAUUUAAGGGGCACUCUAAGCACUAUAACAACUACAGCUCAUUGUAAUUCUAAUUAAGCUAUCAAGAUUCAUUGGGCACCAUCCUGCUUUUUAAAUAUACACUCUGAGAUUUGGUUGUCAAAAAGUAGGUUUGUCUCUGGUUUUCUCUGCAGCACCCAGAAACUGCCCCUAUACAGCCAAUUUGGUGAUGAAGAAAGUAUAUUUCUGGCCUAUCAAUGUCAAUGCUGUUCAAUUUGAACAGUGAAUAACGUCUCUCAAUGGAUUAAUGGCCCAAUGAUUCACAGUUUUUAGUUACAUUUUCCAUUGUUCUAAGUUCCAAAUCCCAACAAGAACAACUCACUCCUAACCUCUGCGCAAAUCUUGUGGAGAAUCGCUACCAUGAUACCGCCUUGAAUUAACACGGCAACAUUUCAAGCACGAUAUUUUGGUGCUUUCUGUUCUGCAUAUUAUUUUAACAGAUAACAGAUUUCCAAAUGUUCUAGAUAUAUUAUGCUAAUUAAUCCAUGCCCUAAUUACUGAUAUUAAAAUAACAGGGCGAUUAAUGCCGCAAUUCAAGAGGAUUUUCUAUUUGCCAGAGUGAUGCAAUUGCAAAUCUCCACAUUCACUGGUUUUAAUAUAAAGUGAUCAAGGCUGUUGUUAAAGUACACACCAAUGUUCAAGCAGGAAAUCCUUUAUAAACGGCUGUUUUGUCAAAACGAUCUCAUUGGGCAAGAGGUUUUGUUUUCGUAAAAGUUGUAACGCAGCCGCGAUGAGCUCUCAGUACAUCAAAGACUGGCGACAAAUCAUUUGGUCAUUGGGAUUAUAUCGGACAAGAGCAUAAAAUAAUUUAUCAAGUAUUCCUUUAGCAGCCAGCCAAGGGCAUUGCAGCGUGCCAAACUUAAAUCGCACUAACAAGAUAAAACUGCAGUAAAAUGAAUGAUAAAAUUAAAUUGAUUCAUUUAUUAAUAUAGUGACAGCACUUCACCUGCCAUUAGACUCAACGAUAAAGGGUAAUAAAGUUGCUCAUAUAAUCAGCACUGUCAGAAUUAGAAUGACAGCUCUAAAGCGGAGAAAACAACAUAUAUUUGUAAAAAUUUUUGUGUUAAUUAAUAAAAAACAAAACAAAACAGAAACCAUUAAACAUAAAAAUGUGAUAGAUGUGUUAGUAGUGUAAACUAAUUGAAAAUGGUCAUUAUAAGCAUGGGGGUUUAUUCACUAAAUCAUACAUUUUGAAGGAUUGACAAAGUAGCGGUUUGGAAAAAUAUGAGGACAAAAAAUGAAAAAUAAAGAGUUGUAGAAUUCUCCAUUCUCUGAAUAAACCACAGUGAGAUAGCCGUAUAUUCAAUGUGGAAAUAAAGAAAGGAAAUGUACGACUGAUAACAUCAGUAAUUUGAACAUGAUGGCAAUAUAUUAAAAAAUAAAUAUAUAAAAUAAAACGUAUGGAAAAUGAUCUAUAGAAAUUAUAACAAAUGGAAACAGGAAAAUAUUGGCGUAACUAGACCAUUAAAUAUAUAUUACUUGUAACAAAUAUCUAAUACUUUUUUUUUUUUUAAAUGUAGUUUCAUUUAUUCAGAAAACCCUGUUUGAAGUUUAUCUGCGGUGUUUUUACUUCGCAUGAUGUAUCGUUCUAUAGCAAACGUUUUGUGAAAUUUCAUAUUAGUGCAGACAUGCUGUUUUGGAAAAUCAAAAUCAAACAGUUUUACCCUUACAGGCAUCUUGCUAUUAAUAGAUGGUCUUAUUCUUAGAAAAAAAAAAAAGUAUUUACAAUCCCCUUGAUGUGGCCAUGCUUGACUGUAGUCUGUAAACCUGUAGUUUUUAGUGGUAGGCUGUGAUCACUUAAUGAAGGCUGCGUUGCUAAGUACUACUGCGAUUUAACACACAGAGAAUAAUCAGCAGAUUUUUCUGUUGUUUUCUGCACACAUCGCAGUCCAUUUCCAUCCUGCUCUUCACGAGAACGUCUCCCCCCCCCUUAAGCUAGCCUCUCCAAUUCAUAAAUUCAUCACGAUUUUCCCAGGAUGUCAUUUUUGGCAAAUGAUCCCCAUUGCAUGCCUCUCGUUAAUGGAGCUAUGGCAGGGUGACCCCAGGAAAUCUACAGGCCAGUUGAAAACACAGAGAGGGGUUCAAGGCUGGGGCUGUGAACUCUAGUUUUCACGAGCAGGUCACGAAGGGGUCAGGAAAGCAUUGUGCGUAGAACACUGGUUUCUAUUUAAAUCCUUUCAUGUAAAAGGAAAAAAAAAGGUCUUAUUAUUAAGAAAGGCCUUGGAUGCUGUUGUGUGUGGGCCAUUUUAAACGACUUUACCUCUUACACCAAUAGAAAAUAUUACAAAUGGAUCAUCACUAUAGUGAGACUACAAAUCUUUAGAUUUAACCCUUUGCGGCAGCUCGAGGGGCUGCAAACCUUGUGUCGAGCAUUCUCUCAACACCUUUGGUGUAGACGUGCAACUUUCACUCAUUAACUCUUGGAAGCGUCCAUCAGCAAAAAUAGCUGGUUCAAAAAUUACAUAACUUCUUACUCACUACUACAUAUCCAAAAUAUUUCCUUUACUUUUAUCUCACCCGCAGCACAUGAGAAAGUUGAAGGACCUCAGAGACAGUUUCCCAAGAGAAGAUAAUGGCUUGAUUUGGACCAAUUAGGCCACUUUAACUAUGUACGAUAACAAAAAGUGAUAGGCAAGUUUAUUUUGAAAGUAAAUAUACAGCAAAGUAAGUUGUGAUAAAAUACUAAAAUCUUAGAACCCAAACAUACAUCAUACUAUCAAGCAUACAUUUUGGGGUGUCACCAUUUUGUUUUGGCAACAGUCCUACUUGAGACCCGACUCUUCAAGUUUUUCUCACACCAAUAACCUAUGUUUUCCAGGAGUGUAGAAUGUUCUCUAAAUAAAACCAAAGAACGUUUUCCACUUUACAUUUUAAAGCCCAAAAAUUUACGUUUUGAGACUCCAAACUGCAAAUUGAAAACAAGCAACAGCUUGAAUUCUUGCAAUUCUUGUUCACAGUUACUAGAACUAGGGGAUACCUUAAGAGACACAAACCUGUGGUGGUGUGGAUGGAAUAUUUAGAACCUAUUAUGCCCGCUUCCACACGAAUGAUUUCUGGGUGUAUGGGCAUUCAAUGAACUAUACUAUUACAAAUGUUAUAAUUAUAAGUCCGGUCAAGUUUCUUCAGCUUUUUCCUAGUAUCGGUAUCCCAAGGACAAAAAGACAAUUUGGUCCAUGAGAUAUAUCUUUUGACAAUCAAUAGGACAAACUGGCCUUUCUAAAAACCAUUCCUCCGUAUGUGAAAAACCAACCUGCUCAGAUCAACUGUUCAGUUAUUUUUAAACGUUACCUGUGUAUAUCUCAUAAUACUCAAUCCUUAAGCACUAUCCCGCAUAUCCCCAACAUUUUCUGGUUUAUCCCUUGCUCCUUUCUCCCCCUCUCAAACAUCAGUACCUAUGCCUCACAAGAGAAAAAUAAGCAGAUUUUUGUAAAGAUCAAGAUCAAGGAACCUCAAAUUUUCAGACAAAAUAGCAGAAUUUGAAUCAUUCGAAUUUUUUUUCCUAAGUGACUAUUUUAGCCUAAGAUUUGCAACAGUCUUAUUAGUUCUGUGUGGGAUCUCAACUCUCCUCAGCAGGCGCAUGAAAAAAUUUAAUCACACUAUAUGUUUCUACAGAAUUGCAUUGCUUCGUUCUCCUUUAAGGUUUAAUUGGCGGGUGAGUGACUGGUAAACACCACUUACAAAUGGCUUCUGGAACUGGACUGCAUUAGCGAGAGACUCUUUGCGGAUUUCGCUCAUUCAUUCUGACGAACACAACAUUCCUUCUUAUUGAGGUCUUCUAAAAUCCAUGUUGAUACACAGAGAUAUUUUUUUUAAUGCACAUUUUCGAGUAGGCACAAUUUCUUCAAGUAGCAAACAUAUUUACUUGAUGGAACUCAAGUAGCGUGAGAUGGAAAAAGUGGACUAUGUGUGGACCAAUGAUUGAUUGUAUUUAUUUCAAUGUCCAGCUCGAUUCAAAUUGGAGGGGAGACACUUGGAACAAGUUGCCGUGUUGCAGCAUGUCAUUUAAUGGUGAAGUGGAUUCUUGUAAAUAAUAGGCUCCUGGUGCACAAAACAAGUGCAGAAUAAUUAGGAUAGGGCCUUUUCUAGAAUUCAGGACAGUUUUGGGGGAGGAGGGUGGGACAUGAACCCUUUGCACCUGAUCGGUGAGAACAGUGCGAUGUACUGACUGUAUAAUUAGCAAAAGACUGGAGAGAUCAGUGACCUAUAAAAAGAAACACACAUGCUACAUAUGUGGGGUACACUGGGUUUUCACCAGUAAUAGGUCAUGUAAUCUCCUUUUCGUAAUAUAUUCAUGAAUGAUAUCAAAGAUGUUAUGAAGGGAAAAUAGAAAGGUCUAUUGCAUGUUAGAUGUUUAUAUGGAUAUAAAUCAAAUUAAUAAUAAUAAUACAUUGUGUAAUGCUAAAGAAAUAAGCAGAAACAUAGAUAUCCAAAUCUCUACCUGUGUCUAAGUUAUGGAAACCGGAGAAAUAAUUGAAGAUUUGGUAUCUAAACUAUAAAUCAAGGAAUCUUAUGACUUACGGAGGAAACUUUGGAAGUCAUAGAACCAGUAUGGCUUCAGAAGUAUAAGAGAAGAAAUUGAAAUGGGAAAUAGAUACAUUUUCUACAUAUUCCUUGGAAUCACUGGUCAAUGUUCAUAUGGUUUAAAAUUCUUAGUUGAAUUUUAGGUCUAGGAGCUAGGAAGUUCUAGUACCUUCAUGGCGGAUUUUACAUACCCUUCCGUACUCAUAUUCACAAAGACUAUCUGAAUCCUCUGCCCUUGUACAACAAUGUUACCAUAAGUACAGAUCUAGUUUAUUUAAAAGCUUACUCCAAGCACCAUGACCACUUCAGUGAUUUCAAGUGGUCAUGGUGCCUAGAGGCUGCACAUGCAGCCAUUCACUAUGAAAAGCUCCACACAUGGAGUUUAGCUCCACCUCCUGGAGCAACACUGGGGCGUCAUCAACCAACCUGUUACUAGAGUUACGGGCUGACUAACGUCAAUUCUGUGCAUAGUUCUAUGUACAGAAUGGCAGUCAUUGCCUGAGAUUAGCGGAUGCUCUUAGCCAAUGAGUGGCCCUUUAUAUUCCUUACAUUAUGAUACCCAAUCAGCAUUUAGCCUUCAAGACUAGUCAUCUCCGGUCUAAGCAGAUUUUUGUAUGUAAUGAUUAAUUAAACAGAUAGACAAAUGUUCUCCAACCUCUCUAGACUGUAAACUCUACGGAUCAGGGAUAAUUAUUUAUGUGAAUAUUUUAUUUAACCACUCUACACUUCAGAGUAUGUUGGCCCGUUAUAAAUAAAAUAAUAACAAUUAAUCAUAACUACAAUCUCCUUUGUUAUUUUAUGUCUUUUCCCCCACUUACCCAAAAAAAGUAAAUUUUGUUUGUCUUCACAAAUUUAAUAAAAAGUGCCUGUUUAUUGUUAUUGCAGAAUAUGAUGAUUUUAUUUCAUUCCAGGCAGCAAAUCUCACUCCAGAUUUCCUGCUGUUUUUACACUUUAGACGGACCUGGGGUUUGCAAAACCUCGUUUUUCAUUAUGUAAAAUGCAGGAACACCUAUAUUAACUUACCAAGCGUUGGGAGGGUCUCACACAAGAUGCUUUUAGAAGGAUUUUAAUGCUCAUUCCGGCUGGGAAACACAUCCCCAAUAAGAAAGUUUGUUCUUUCUUGAAUUAUAAGCCCAUUGUUGAUAAUUUGCAGGAAAGCUUAAACCCAUAUUUACUAUUUCUUCCCGUCCAGUAUAUCUAGAUGUUUAAGUUUGGAGAGAACAUCCCUUUUUGGGACCCAUAUCUCACUAUUAUUAUUUUAUAACAGUGAGGAUUAUUCACUAAACUGAGAAUUUUAGGGAGUCAACAAGGAAUCUGCAAAGUGUAAACCUAAAUAACCAAGCUGGAGAAAUUGCAGGAUUAGAAAAUUCUAAUUUAAUCUAAUCCAUUCUAAUCUGACUAUUUUGGCCUAUAACUAGCAAUUCUGCGUUUAGUGGAGUAAUCCCUAUGCGUCAUUUAUUUUUGGGAGUUGUGCAUUAGUGAAUCCCAGGACGAAAGUAUUUGUACCUUGGUUAUUAAGCUACCAAAUAAGUCUCAGGGUAAUCUUUUUGUUGGCAGAUUGCAUCUUGGAAAAUCCUAGAAUUUACUAGACUUAUAGCCUACAUGGAUUUUUGGAUUCUGUAACUUCUAGCUUUCAUUCCAUGAUCUGGGUUGUCUUUUCCGUAUUUCUUUGUUUGUUGAGUCACGAAAUCUCAAGUUCUUGUGAAGGUGCCGGUGACCUACACGUUACAACAAUUUUCUAUUUUUAAUUUUUUUGUGUGUGACUUAACGUGUGAAGAGAGGCAGGUUUUGACAAGGUAAAAACGUAUGUGUCGUGCUGUGAUUUUUGUGUACCUUCUUCAAUUGCAGGCAACCUGUAUGAGGGCAGAACUCAAAUUCUUAAAAAUAUUUUUGCAACUGUCCGGAGUUCCAUGAACUGCAAUUACCACUCGAAACCCACUGAGAUGUUUUUUGAUUGAGACUUGGAAUAUUCACCAUACCGGGGUGUGGUGAAACCCCAAUUUACAUGAAUGCUAGUUGGGCAGUCCAUAAACUAGUGUACAAAUUCACAUAAUUAAACACUUGGCCCUGCAUUAUAAUCCUGCAUCAGCAACCAUUCAAUAACAUCUUCUAACUAUCUCCGAUAUCAUGUGACUUUGUCCGAUAUCACGUGACUUUGGCCGAUAUCAAAUUUUUAAAAACUAACAGACUGGACAGAUACCUCUUGAAGCUCCAUUGGGUGAACAAAUCAACUGAGUAGCAACAUCAACCAUUAUAAAGCUAGAGUGUGUUUGACAGACUUGACAGAAGGGGAUGCUAUAAAAAGCUUAAAAAAAGUGUAUGAUAGAAGUACGUACAAUCUGUCCCUAUUUUACUCGCUUUUCCCACAAUUCUCUGACUGUUGUUGUUUGUUGUAGUUUAUUUGUAGUAUAAGUUUGUUCUAGUAACUUUAAUUGUACUGAGUUCAUUUGAAUCCUGCUAAAGUUCUUUCAGGAAGUAAAACUUACACGAAUAUGAGAGCACAUGUACCUGCAGAGGCCACUAUAUCGAGAGGUGUGAAAAUCAUCAAUCAGCAACAGUAUGUGAAUUUGCCAACUGCCCUAAUAAUUUGGGAGUUAUGGGUAUUAACAUUUACGUACAGAACAGAAUGAGAAGUAUAAUAUUGCAAUUUUUUUUUUUGUCUAAUGAAGUGAACAGCAACAUAAUGCAAUAAUCGUUUUAUGCAAUCAGAGCAGUUUAACUGACACAAAACAUCAUCAACAACAAAAUUAAGCCUAUAAAUAAAAAAAAAAAAGAAGCUAAGAAAAUGGAACUGCUCUGUUAUUAUUUUUCAUUCGAGAGAAAAUGAGUCUAAAAAGAUAAUUAGUUAAUUGAGCUGCAGGAGAUAUCUCACAUAGCAAUGUGUCAGCUUCUAUUAGCGAUUCGGUAACAUUAAGCCAGAUUACCUAGAAGCUCCCUGGAGAUACAGUUUAUUCAUUCACCAGAUCCAGGCUGCCUCCCCCCUCUCCCCCAUGUUGUUAAGAUCAUAUAUGCAGACAGAUGCUCCAUCACCCAGCACAGUACACUCUGAUUUGCCGUCAGUUUUCAAUUGUUUUCAAGGAAAAAAAAAAAUGUUUUUAUUGAUCUGUUGUCCAGAACAAUCUCACUUGACGUGUUGUGGUAGGACAGCACCCCAGAUUAAUGAGCCAUUAUUUCUCCCACUUGGCUAUUUUAUAUUAAGUGUGUCAAAUCCAUGGCCAACUCGCUACGUCUCACAGCUUGGUCAAUAAAUUCUUGAAAGUCAACUAAAGUCAUGUUCAAGGGUGGCUCAAACCACAAUGACCACUUCUGCUUUUAGAAGUGGUUAUGGUUUUAGGAGUCUGUAUGUGCCGUUUCUGCUUGGAACACCGCACAUCCAGGGAUAUUUGCAAUUUUGUGCUGGGGGCUCUGUUGCCAAAUUUCAAUUCUGUGCAAAAAUUAAGUCUGUUUUCAGCAUGCACAGAGCAUUGGCAACAGAUAGUUUGUAAAUAUUUAAAAACCUAUAUGGAGAUUCUGAGUGUUUUAUGGUUUUAGGUUAUUUAAUUUCACAGCCAACCUAUCAUCAUUGCGAGGUACAAAAACAGGACAGGCGUUUGGAGAGAAUGUGAGGAGUCCGAGAGGAGGACAUCAGUAAUAUCACGCGGUUUUAGAGCCUUUAGAGGGUUUCCAUACACAAAGCUUUGCAGAAGAGGUAGAACAGCCUUCUUUUGGUGACUUUUCUCAGAUGUGGGAUUCCUUAGAAGAAAAACAACUAAAAUGGAACUAGAGGAGUCCCAAAACGGUAUAUGCCACUACUGCACAUGACUCGAUACAUUAUACAUGCUCUCUCCUUUGUUUUUCAAAAACUUGCACCUAUCCAGGACACCCCUUUUACCGGAAUAUCCAGGAUGGGUUGGAUUUAACAAUUAUUAUUAAUCCACUUUACAGAAUUUUUUGGGUCCUUGACUGAUAUUGGCACACAAGUAUUUUUUUUUUUUUUAAAUCUCGAAUUAUACAAGAUUUCAAAACAUCAAUAACAAAAGUCAACAGACAAUAGGUUCCAAUGGCCUACAGGGAUGUUGGAUGCUACUGAAGGGCCAAAAACCAGGUAUCCCUCGGUUAGAAAGUCUGCCUAAUAGACUUACGAAUCCACAAGGCUGUGGGACUGUGAUGCAUUUCUUGGUUCAUUAUAUAAAAAAGAUACUCAGGGGGAUAAUUAUUGGGUCUAAUCAGAAUUUAGUGAAUGUGCUCCCAACUUCUGUAGCUUUAUAGUCAUUAGGUGCAAUAGAUUGUACAUACUUGGUAUCAUUAUACAAGGCAGAACAUUCUUUUUCAAUAGAAACAGGAGCCCCCCUCCCUCUUGCACAGCAGGAACACAGUUUUGAGCUUAGCAGAUGCUUCCCCUGCCUCUAGCACUGCAUUCUCUUGCAUAUGGCAUGCAAGAGAGGAGAGGCCUGCUGGGUAAUUUACUCAACGCAAGCCCAUCAUCCUUCUUUCUUUAUAAACCCUGCUGAGAUAUAUUCUUCCCUUUAAUCUGUAUCCUCGGUGUAGCACAUUUCCCAGUCUCAUUCCACAGCCACGGAGCCAGAGGAGGGUGAUAGCAGGUGGAUUGUCCUAUUAUUACCAUGGCCCAGCAUGGCAGCUUUUUAAUGUUUGCCAUCAGUAACAUCUCACGCUAUACAACACCAUCUACAAUCAUUCCACCGUGCUCUCCGAAAGGUUGUGUUAAAAAAUAUAUAUAAUUGAAAAACGUCCAAAUAUGACUUCUAAUGGUAAGAGAAAAUAUAUAGUUGUAUAAAUCCUUGUAUAUCAAGUAAGUGCUAUUUUCUUAGAUUAUUUUCUUAGAUUGAUAUUACUACAUAUAAUGCCGAGCAAAAUAAGGAGGAAAGUACUCAGGAUGGCAAUUUCUGAGAAAGCUUUCAAUCUGAAGAGGAUACUGUAUCUUUCAUGAUAUGUUUCAUACAGAAGGAUAGAAACCGACUGCAAUGGAUGCAGCCAAAUACAGGACAUUUCAGUCUGUAAGACACGAGACAUUGGGGCAGAAGUUUGCUCUUUAGCAGAGUAAUAACCCUAAACUCAGAGCUUAGUCAAAUAUCAAAUAGGAGGUCAAUUAUUAUGCAACUGAAGAAUGUCUGUAUUCCAAGUAAUUAAACAAAAUUCAGGAGUUUCAUGUGGAUUAUGCCUGAUUUGUCCCAAGGUGCCUCUCAAACCAACGUGGCAUUACCUCAAAUCCCAAUUAUAAAAACAAACAGUCCGGACACUCAAUGGUUUCCGAAGCAGGAUUUUUUUGAAAUGAAAAAGGAACAUUUUGACUUCCAAUGAGUCUUUCUCAAACCAUAAUGUCUGUACUCUGAGUGUAAACACACUGUGUGUGACGGGAGCAGCGGGGGGACUGGUCCCCAACUUUAGAUCCAGACCUGUGCCGCUAUGUGGUCCUUCCUUCUCCUCUGUUACGAGGGACCAUUACCUUUCAGACAAGUAUUGAUACCCUUGCAUGUCCUCCUACUCCCAGGAAGAUAUCAACCCCUCUACCUGUCCUCCUCCUCCCAGGCAGGUAUGGACCUCUCUGCCUGUCCUCCUUCCAAGCAGGUAUGGACCUCUCUGCCUGUCCUCCUCCUUCCAGUCAAGUAUGGAUCUCUCUCUGCCUGUCCUCCUUCCAGGCAGGUAUGGACCUCUCUGCCUGUCCUCCUCCUUCCAGGCAGGUAUGGACCUCUCUGCCUGUCCUCCUCCUUCCAGUCAAGUAUGGAUCUCUCUCUGCCUGUCCUCCUUUCAGGCAGGUAUGGACCUCUCUGCCUGUCCUCCUCCUUCUAGGCAAGUAUGGAUCUCUCUCUGCCUGUCCUCCUCCUUCCAGGCAGGUAUGGACCUCUCUGCCUGUCCUCCUCCUUCCAGGCAGGUAUGGACCUCUCUGCCUGUCCUCCUCCUUCCAGGCAAGUAUGGAUCUCUCUCUGCCUGUCCUCCUCCUUUCAGGCAGGUAUGGACCUCUCUCCCUGUCCUCCUUCUUCUAGGAAGGUAUUGAUCCCUCUUCGUGUGCUGCCUCUAAAUACUGCCUUUAUUCGGGCACCUGUGGCUCACAGGCCUGAAUUUUUGCUAAAAGAUCCCCGGUAAAAAGGAACAGUGUAGCCAGAAAGUAGGUCCCAAAAAUAUGCUACUGGAAUCCCUAAAAGAACCAGACAGAACACAAAAUUCCAAAUGGAACUACCUCACAGUAUUUUAUUUCCACCCAUGACAAGUCCCAUUAACUUUACAUUCGACUUAUGGUGACACACUCAACCUUAUACAUUACACAUAAUCAUAUGAAGAAUUGUACAAGCAACCACAUAGCACAAUACUGGGAUUUAGUAUAGGGGAGGACUGGGAUUUAGUAUAUGGGGGGAGGGGGGGAACUGGAAUUUAGUAGAGGGGGGGUUGGGAUUAGUAGCGGGGGGUGCUGUAGCCCUGUAGAGGGGGAUGCUGUUUUUUUUUUUUAUACUGUGCUUUUCAAAAUAAACCUAUGUUUCUAUGAAAAUUUAAGUUGUUUUUUUUUUGCGGCCCACAUAAACUUAAACCUUGUUUAUUUGGCCAGUGCUAGACUUUGCUUGAUCUACAACCUAUAGAUGGCGCUGUCACACACAAUGUCCCAGUGGAUGGUGGUGGUUCCAGUGCCUAUUUCUGUUUGUAUUGUGAUAAUGUAUGUGUGUGUUUCUGUGUUUGCUCUGUAUAGAAUUCAGCAUAUUGCAUUCCAUAGACUGGCGGCACGAAGGAGGAUUAAUGAAGCUGAACUAUUUAGAUCCCAGCAACACAAGUUUGAGAGAGAUUACAAGUCAGCCAGAGGUGUCUAUUUAACCAUGCCUCCCACAGAUGCCACAAGUGACAUUGUCUGUGGAGAUAUGAAAUGGCUACUAAUAAGUAUGGACGAGUGAGUUAUGGACAUGAUCAAAGAAACGUUAAGCAUUCCAGCCUCCCCAUCACAAAUCAGUCAAUUACUCGUUCAGUGAACCUCUCUGUCUGUCCCUUGCAUACAUUCACAGGAACAUCCAAAGAACCAAUACAAAGACUUCAAGAUUUGCACUUCCAGGUAGGUGCCUACUCUGUAUUACGGCAAAUAUGAGCCUUAUCGUGAAGAACACGAUGAGCAAACAUUAUGGACAUUUUCCCCCAAAAUAGGCAGAAACGGCCACAAUUUAUCAUUCCUGCACUGGGGUUUAGUGGGAGAGAGGAGAUAUACUCUGCAUGUGCCCCAAUAUUUGCCCUAAUGUCUAGAACUAUAGUGUUUUUAAAGAAAAUUGUUAACAUAAUAUUUUUAUUCUAGUUAUAAUAAAAGCAAAAUACACUAUGGCUGGAUAGAGGUACGCCUGCCCUCUACAGUCAAAAUCAAUCAGAAUCUGAAAUAUAUAUAAAUAUAUCUACAUAUAUCUCCAUAUAUGACCUUUGUUGGAAAUCAGAUGGGUAACAAGUUAGUCAAGCCUCGGGCAUACAAGGGGUUCAAAGUGUCCUUGCGCCUUUGUGAUAUCGUCUGUGUAUAAGUAAAGGACACGUAUAGCUAUUUUAUUUCCCAUGUCCUCUAUUUUACCAUGUACUCUGGGGAUUUAUAAAAAAUGUUUUGUCUUAUCAUUUUAUUUAUUUUUUAAUUAAAAAUUUCUUUAAUUAUUUAUAAAAAAUGUCCAAAAUAUGUUGUAGCGCUAUACAAUGGAAAUAUAUACGUACCAACACACAAUGAACGUUUGAAAAUGAAUGUUUAAUGUCUUUAUUCAUUUAUUACCCAAAGCUGGCUUAGCGUGCUGGGAAUUGCUGCAGACAGUUGCUAGAUUGCCAAUUUCCUAACUAGGAGACCAGAACACCAGAGGCAUAUGAGAAUAAUUUCUACAUGACAUUUAAUAGUGGGGUGCAGUAAGAGGGGUAGGGCUCAUUUAUUUAAAGGAUCACUAUAGGGUCAGGAACACAAACAUGUAUUCCUGACUCUAAAGUGUUAAACCACCAUCCAGCACCCCUGGGCCCCUCAUGCCUCCAUAAAUAUAGCAAAAUCUUACUGUAUUCAAGCCUGAAGCUGUAACUCUGCAUGCUGUUUGCCUCAAAAAAAACAAGCAGUCGGCUGACAUCAUCAGAAGUGGUAGCCUGAUCCAAUCACAAUGCUUCCCCAUAGGAUUGGCUAACAAAGAGGCAGAUCAGGGGCAGAGCCAGCAUGAUUCAAUCACAGCCCUGGCCAAUCAGCAUCUCCUCAUAGAGAUUAAUUUAAUCAAUACAUCUCUAGGAGGAAAGUUCAGUGUCUACAUGCAGAGGGAGGAGACACUGAAUGUUUGGAUGCAUUUUAGGCAGCCAUGACCCAGGAAGGAUCUCUAACAGCCAUCUAAGGAGUGGCCAGUGAAGUUAUCACUAGGCUGUAAUGUAAACACUGCAUUUUCUCUGAAAAGAUAGUGUUUACAGCAAAAAACCUGAAGCUAAUGAUUCUACUCACCAGAACAAAUUCAACAAGCUGUAGUUGUUCUUGUGACUAUAGUGUCCCUUUAAGGGAUCCCUGUUGUACCUCCAAACCUACCUACAUGCACAGGAGCUGUUCUGUCAUAGCCUCUGUUCCUUGCCUUGUGAUGUAGUGUCUAACACAGGACAGUGGGGGACAUCCCAAACCCUUUAAUCUGGAAUAUGAUGUCACAACACAGUGACACAGAGGAAACUGUCUCCAUAUCUCUGAACGGUCCUGUGUACAGUCACGCUUUGAGACUCUUGUCCUAUUAUCCUAGAGUUGGCUGAGAGUGUCAGUUGACUACUUUCAGCUUAUCACAGUGCCCAUUGAUGGUACGAUUUGGUAUGGCUCGAAGGAAGUAUGUAAUCUCUGCCUUAGUCGUUCCUCCAGUGGGAGCCAGGGUGUGGGCCAAUCGGAAAUGGUUUAAUACUGAAUGGAGGGACAGACACUAUAACCAAUUUGAUGAGAUGAAAUAGUGCCUACAGAGUCUCUUUACCCAAGACUGGUGUCUUCUCGGGGUUCUUGUGUCCUAUUUAUUGAGAUACAUGAUUUUUGUUUUUAUCUUUUUUUAUUUACCUCUUCCUUGUGAUCGGCUAAGCUGUAACAACUCUUGGAUUGCUUGGAAUAUUUGCAAUGCAUGAUAUCAUAUAUAUUUAAUUAAUGAAAAUGUUAGUUUACGGUUAUCUCAAAGUAGCUUCUAGAGUGUCUCUUCACAUGUCUUCAAAAAGCCCCACUCCAGGGCACAACACCCUAGCCAGAAUCUUAGUUUUCAGCCAUUAGUAGUACCGGAACCGGGAGAACAAGUGGCAGGCUCAUGUAAUGCCCGGGGGAGGCGGAAUGGCACCACCGGACUUACCUUCCUUCCAGGACUCUGCACUCCCUUCACCUCAGUCAGAGGCAGGAAUGAGCCGAACCCAGAGGACUCAGAAAUUCUGUUUGCAUGCCUUUUUAAGCAAGUCUGUGGAGCUGGCCCCAGAGAGCUGUGUGGCUUUCCUUAAGAAACUCCAGUGGCAUGUAUUAAUCUUGGUUUAACAUGUUGUUUUUAUGCUUACUUUAAUUAGUUUUCUUUUGGUUGCUUUUUAUUAACUGGGGCACUGUUUAGCACACUGUUGGGCAUCUGACAUUUUGCCAACUGAUAUAUCUAUAAGUUGUAUACUGCAUGUGUUAUCGAUUAGAGCUAAACACUCAGUCAUGAUAGCAUAAUAUCCUUCUGAGCAUAGAUUAUUGUAUAUUAAGCUUCACUCACCUACUUAACAUUACAGCUUAGCCAUGCUCAAAGUUGAUUAGGUUGUUAAAGUUUAAAUGCCAGCACAGGGUCGAAUGGGAACAUAGAAUAGAGUGCCUACUUUGUUAAAUAACAAAGUGAGAGAUCAAUUUUACAUAAUUGUAGAGCAGAGCAGGGGAUUUAAUAGUGGGGCAGAAGGAAGAAUGCCUACCUACUAUAGAACAGGGUUGUAGGAACAUUGAAAUUUAUCCCUUAUUGAAACUGUCUCUGCCAAACUAUAUUUCCAUAACAGUUAUUCCUCAUCAGUUAAAUUGGAGCACAGCAACUCAGAUCUACGCAGCCAAUGUACAGAUCUCCCUCCACUAGAUAUAGUGGUGAAGCCCACAAGGCCUCCUGGACUGAGAACGUUCUUCAUCAGGUACAUGAAAUGGGCAGAAGAAUGUGAAGAAGAAUGA